CGAUAAUUCUACAAUCGAAGAGAUUGCCCAUCUCUAUGAAACAGCUGUUCCUAUUUGUUGACAAAAAGUUGAUUUAAUUAAACUUACGGAAAAAUGUUGACUUCUAUGGUUAAGGAGCAUCAUAAGGAGCAGGUGAAGCGAAAACAAGAGCAAGAGGUGCGCAGGAAGGAGGCAAUCGAAGCGUCCAACGAACUCACACAGUCCUUGGUGGACCAUCUAAACGUGGGUGUGGCCCAGGCAUACUUGAACCAGAAGCGCUUGGACGCCGAGGCUAAGCAGCUGCAUGUAGGGGCCACGAACUUUGCCAAGCAGACCCAUCAAUGGUUGCAGCUGAUAGACAACUUUAGUGGCGCCUUGAAAGAGCUGGGCGACGUUGAGAACUGGGCGCGCAGCAUAGAGAGCGAUAUGCUAGUAAUACAACAGACUCUGGAGGUGGCCUACAAGGCUUCGCGCGCCGCCCAGGCUACAGGAGUCGGCUCGGAGGCCUCCACGUCAGCCGCCGCCGCAGCAGCAGCCAUUAAUCCCAAUCCAUAAGUAACAUGAAGACUUGCUUGAAAUCCUUAUUUAUUUAAUUUGUUUGCAUUCAAAUACAAAUAUUUACAUCUAUAUGUAUAAUAUACACUCGCAGUCACUUGCAAGACACAA